UUUUUAGACCGGGUUUGACGAUAGGGUGCAGCACUGCCCCUCUUGGUGGUUCCAGUGGUUCCCUCAUCAGAUCUCUGAAUUUGCGUUUGGAGUUUACUCAAAGCCUAUAAUUUACGGCACUAAGAGUGAUAGAAAAUUUUGACAAAUGACUAAUUACGUUGUUAUAGGUUGACUGGACGCAAAAUAUGUCAGGAUCCGGCGCGUUAGAGUCGCUUUUCGAGCUUGCGGCGACGUGCGGUCUUGCAAGAGCUUCAUCCGACAUCAAAUUCGAGUCCCAAAGUCCGGAGCCCGGCGAUGACUGUCUCCGCAAGCUGGUGAACCAGUCGGCGAGGCUGGUCAUAUCGAAAUGUCGAGAAGAUUUUUCGGAGUUCAAGCCAUCGUCAAAUUACGAAGCCCUGCUGGCGCUCUGUUGGCUGGUGGCCAAGUUUUCGCUGCCCGAACUUUUGCUAAAGGAAGUGGUCGCCUCUCUUGACGUCCCGAAGCAAAAGGGCACGCUGGUUCCUCAGAGAUGCAAAGAAGAGACUAGGUGGCGAGCGGAAGGUGCAGACGCACUCGGAAGCAUAGCAGACGAGUGCAAGCAAAUUGCCUCCAUGUCUGGCCGGCUGCGCGCGUCCAUGAAGGGCCUGUCUGCUUCUACACAGCAACUCGCAUCCUUGGUCCAUCAGGUGCAUCAGAAGACCGCUGGAAUUUCGUUGUCCGAAGACAUGAAUCACCUGACAUUGUCUCAAAUCAGUCACCUUGUGGCAGCGCCGGGAGGCAGCCAAAAGUUUCAGGCCGAGCUUCAGCGUGCCCUUCAAGCGACGACACAUUAUACGGAUUGGAAGAAAGGCGAGCCGGUGUUCUGGACGUGGAUCGAAUCUCUGACGCCUCGUCUGCCUCGGCUCGAAGGACUCGAGACUUUUAAGACCCAAGUCGAAGAGAUGUGCAGCGAGAUCGAUUUCGGCGUCGUUGCAGCGCAACCAAAGCUGGUCCUCGAGCCAAGUUCAAACUCGAGCCUUGCCAAAAUCAACACCGAAAUGCGACCCAAGCUGGCAGUCGUUGAACAAGAACUCCGUCUGAAACGGGACAGGCUCAGGGAGUCCCUGACGAACCUCGGCCUUCAGCAUCAAGCUGCCACUUUUAUGCCCUAACAGCCAGAUUUGCCCAAAAAAAAACAAAAAAACUUGGCAGUCACAAAAAAUAAAUUUGACGCAAAAAAGACAAUUUUUUUUUUCAGCAA